AUGCCUGCUGUUUACAUUACUGGAGCUAACGGUUUUAUAGCUCAACAUAUUAUCAAAAUCUUAUUAGAGAAAGGUUAUACCGUAAUUGGUACAAUUAGAUCUAAGGAAAAAGGUGAAAAAUUAUCAAAAAUAAUCAAUAACCCAAAUUUUCAAUAUGAAAUUGUUCCUGAAUUAAAUGCACCAGAUGCAUUUCAUGAAUCAUUGAAAAAACAUCAAGAUAUUGAAUAUAUUGUUCAUAGUGCUUCACCAGUUACUUAUACUGUAAAUGAUCCAGAAUUAGAUAUUAUAAUUCCAGCACUUAAAGGUACUGAAAAUAUUUUAAAUGGUACUUUAUUACUUCCAAAAUUGAAAAAAUUCAUUUUAACAUCUUCUGAUUCUGCUAUAUAUUCAAAUAUCGAUGAAAGAAAUAACAAAUUUACAUUUGAUGAAUCAAGUUGGAAUAAUGUAGCUUAUGAAGAAGGUAAAAAAGAUCCGGUCGGUGGUUAUUAUGUUUCAAAAGCUUUAGGUGAAAAAAAAGCAUGGAAAUUUUUGGAAACUCAUCAAAAUGCAUUUCAAUUAACUACAGUUUGUCCUUCUUAUGUAUUUGGUAAUCAAGCUUUUAAAGUUGAUCCUAAAAAUUUGAAUUUUUCAAAUUCUUAUGUUGGUGAUUUAUUAACUGCAAAAAAUGAUCAAUUUGAAAACGAAAUUGGUGGGUUUAUUGAUGUUGUAGAUGUUGCUAAAGCACAUGUAUUUGCAAUUGAAAAUGAUUCAGUUAUCGGUAAAAGAUUAUUUUUAAAUAAUGGUAAAUUUAGUGUACAAAUGAUUUUAGAUAUAAUCAAUAAAAAUUUCCCCCAAUUAAACUUGAUAAAAGGUAAUGUUGGUAGUGGACAAAAAGAUGUUGAAGUAUUGGCAAAUGUAAAUAAUGAAUUUACUAAAAAAUUAUUACCAUGGCAAUUUACUUCAUUAGAAACAAGUGUUAUAAAUACUGUACAACAAAUUCUUGAUUCGAAAUAA